AUGGAUGGAACGGGCUUCUCGUAUCUCUGGAUCGACUCCCUGUGCAUUGUGCAGGACGACGAGGUCGAAAAGGCGAAGCAGAUCGCCCUGAUGCCACAAAUUAACACCAGCGCUGUGGUUACGAUCAUGGCGUCCCGAUCGAAUCACGCUGUGGACAGUUUCCUCCACGACCUCCACUUGACGAGCGCUGCCUCGAUGGCGGUCAAAACCCCCUUUCAGCGCCCUGGAUUGCACUCGCCAGACGGUAUAACCGUCCUGACUAGCCAGGAGGAGGGCAUGUCCGACCCGAUCGACUACAGAGGCUGGACCCUGCCGGAGUGUUACCUGGCGCCGCGAUUGCUUGAGUACAACACCAAGCAGCUGUCUUGGACGUGCGGGUUCGUCGGCGAGAAACAAAGCUUCAAGGACGGCUGGAGGACUGGACCGAAACAGGACGAUGUCGGGCUGCACCCAAGCGAGAGCUUCUGGGAAGCGAUGUACGGCGAGACCCGUCGUAGGCACAAGAGAAACGUAGACGUGUACGAGGGUGUGAUCGUCACCUGGCGCGUCUUGGUUCAUAUCUACACGCGAAGAACGCUGCCCAUCACCCGAGACCGCAUCUUGGCCAUUUCUGGCAUCGCCGAAGUUUCCUCCAGGGUGUUGGAACAACAGCAUUUCGCCGGCCAUCGGAAAGGGACGCUGCCUUACGACUUGCUCUGGAACUUUGUGCCGGGAAAGGCACAGAACAGCCCGGAUCAGUGCCAGGCGCCUUCUUGGUCUUGGGCAUGCGAGGGCGUGCUGUUCCGAGCCUGCUCCACCGGACCGCGUUGUUUUGACAUGCGGACGCAGGCGGACAUCCAGGAGCCGACUGCAAGGUUCGAGUUCGUGAAUAGCGGCAAAAUUACGAAUCGGGGUGCAAUACGGAGAGCGUGA